CAGGAUUGAGGCUAGAUGCGCCAUUUUACUGCGUCCACAGCUAUCCGGCAAGAUGGUCCCCUUGCUUUGUCUACCCUGACUGGAGUUGUUUCAGUAUUCUGUGCUUAUUCCAGGCUCCGCACCCACGGAAACGUGCAUUUUGCAUUUGAGCGGGCCGCCUGCACCGAAACUAACCCUCGUCUUUGUCGGUGGAGAAAUGACGGCGGCGGAAAGCUGGUAAAAUGAGUCUGGCUUCUGAAUCACACCUAGACCAAAUGGCAGAAAAGGGGGAGGAGCCUGGUAGCUCAGGAGAAACUCUGAAGCACUCCUCUUCCCGCAGCAAAAGGAAGCCCUCCACUGUAUCUAAGCACACUGGACAGAGUGAAUCUGGCUCUUCAGCCGAAAGUGAAAAUGAAAGCGCCACUUCUGACAAUCCUUCCGACAACGUAUCUAAAGGUACUUUAGUGAUGAGACCGGCUGGGAAUGAAAAUAAAGGUGCCAUGAAACUCAGAGUGGAUUUCAAACAGAAAAAAACAGAUGAUACCCUGGAGAAGAAAGUCAGCUGCACUGCCUGUGGAAAACAAGUAAACCAGUUUCAGCGCAACUCUCUGUACGAGCAUCCUGCACUCAAAGUUCUUAUUUGCAAGUCAUGCUACAACUACUACAAAAGUGAUGACAUCUCCAGAGAUUCUGACGGCAUGGAUGAACAGUGCAGGUGGUGUGCUGAAGGUGGUAAGCUCAUCUGCUGCGACUACUGCAACAACGCCUUCUGCAAGAAGUGCAUUCUGCGCAACCUCGGCAGGAAGGAGCUGUCAGUCAUAACUGAUGAGAACUCAAAGUGGCACUGCUAUGUCUGCAGAUCAGAGCCCCUCCAGGACCUGGUCUCCAAAUGUCAGCGCAUCUUGGAGAAACAAGAACUGGUGAUACUGAAGCAGCGUAAAACCGAUAAAACAGAGGAACGCGAGAGCAAGAAGCACAAGAACAAAGCAGCCAAAGAGCACAAAGCGGUUGUCAAUGGAAAAGAACACACUGAAGGCUCGGGGACGAUGAGUUUCUCCUACAAAAAACUGCAGUUACCCAAAGAACUUAUAAAGAAAGCAAAAAAACUUGUUGAAACUACAGCUGGCUUAAACAACACAUUCAUCCAGUUCAUCCAACAGGCAGUGGAGGACCAGGGAGAUAAGUCUAUCAGGUAUCGGCAUUUGAAAGCCUUCAAAGCUGUUCUCGCUGAUUUGAAAAAGGCCCACAGUGCUUUGGAGGAGGCUUUGGAGCCCGAGUUCCGAAAUAUGGAGUUGCAGAACGGUAAUGAAGGACAGCACGUUGUAAAGAACAGCUCUGAUGCGGUAGCUCCUGCAGAAAGCGCAGCAUCUUCUGCAGAAAGCGAAGAGGCCCCUGAAGAAAGCGAAGAGGCUCUCCCAGAAAACGUAGUGGCUUCUGCAGAAAGCGAAGAGGCUCCUGCAGAAAACGUAGUGGCUCCAGCAGAAAGCGAAGAGGCUCCUGCAGGAAACGCAGCGGCUCCUGUAGAAAAGGGCCACGCGGAUAAUGUGGCGGAGUCGGUUAAAGAGUCGGAGACUACUCAAGAAGCGGACGUGGAAGAGCGUAAUGAGGAGGAUAUGGACACUGAUCAAGUGUUGAAUGACACUGAAAUGAAAGACAAUGAAACAGGAACUGACGUGCCCCUAAAGACGAUUAAAAGGGAAGCCUGUGAAGAGGGACUAAUGUCAGCUGGUGAAAUGUCCUUAGAUCGUGACAUCAUGUCCGUGCCUACUUCGGUUCCUGAGGAGCUUUUUCAGAUGGUGGAGAGUCUUUCAGAUUCCACCAUGCUCUCACAGACUGACGGUAAUGUGGCCGCACAUACUCCUGCAAAGUCAAAUGAAAACCCAACAGACUCUCAGAGCCCACAGCCCAAAGUGAAGAACCUCAUAGUCAAACUGACUCCCGUGCCAGUUGUGACAACGUGCGAGUCCAGGUCCUCCAGGUCCAAAAACAAGAUGAAAAAAGAAGAGACGCCGAAAAAGAGUAAAGAGGAGCUUGACGAGGACAAAAGUGCUGCUUCGGAUGCGGUAGACGGAACGGAGAGUCCACCACCCAGCCGUCGCUCGAGUAGAGUGAAAACCACUCCUUUGAGGAAGCAGGCUGAAAACACGGACAAGAACGCCUCCUCGGAGUCAGAGUCUGAGGACGAAAGUAAGGACAAGGAGAAAGCCAGCCGCGUCAAACAGACAACCGAGAAGCAGGUGGAGGAGAAGACACUAGACUCUGAUUCAGAUGAAGUUCCUCAUGCAUUGCUAGAGAAAGCUGCAGCAGGCCAAAGCACCGACGAGGAACAGGGCAGCAGCACUGCUACUGCUAAAAAUAGUUCGUCCAAGCUAAAUGCAUCUGAAAAGACUACAAAGAAAUUGUCCAAACGCAAAAGGAAGUCUGAGAGCUCUGAUUCAGACCAGACGAAUAAAGACAAGAAGAUGUCCAAGAAGAAGAAGCAGCAGCAGCAGCACCAGAAUGGCUCCUCAGACUCCGACUCUGACGAGGAGAAGGAGGUGAAGAGUAAAGCGGGCGCGGCGAAGAGGAGGUCUACCCGCGUGAAGAAACAAAAAGAAGACAAAGAGGAGGAUAAAAGCUCACCCGAAAAGAGGAAGAGGUCUUACGAAAAGAAGCGCAAGGGGAGGAGCUCCAAAGCAGCCUCCAAGCUGCAGUCUUCCUCAAGUGAUGAGGACGAGGAGGAGGAGGAGGAGGACCAGCAGGCUAAAGGUGACUCCGGAGAGGACAGCGAUGAGCAGAAGAUCAAACCCCUCGUGGAGGAUAACAUCCUAGGAGGCAGUGGGCCCUUCCACCAAUCUUCCGGGGAUGAAGUGGACACUAAAGACGAAAUCUCUCGUGUUGAGGACGACGACGACGAUCCUGAAAACAGGAUUGCUAAGAAAAUGCUUCUUGCCCAAAUAAAAUCCAACUAUUCUUCGGGAGAAGAGAGCUCCUCUGACAAUGAGGGAGAAGAUAAGGAAGAGAAACCCCCCAAGAAAAUUAAAAAAGGAAAAGAGGAAGAAGAGGGUGAGCAAGAAGACGACGACGAUGACACAGAAGACUCGGACGGUUCUGAUGUCGGUGUGAAGAAAGGUGGCAGACGCCACAAGUUGCUUCGUCACAAACUCUCGCUGAGUGAGGGUGAAUCAGGAGAGGAUAAAGCUUCCACAAAAGGGAACAAGAAGGGGGGCAAGAAAAAGUCAAGCCGGAAAGUGGGCAGCGACGACUCUGCAGACUCGGACUUUGAAAAGUCAGAGUCCAGUUCGGAGUCGGCGGUAAGCGAGGAGGUCAGUGAAUCCGAAAAAGACGACAAGCGCCGAAAGACCAGAUCCUCCAAGAAGAAGGAUGACGAGAAGCAGAGGAGUUAUAAGCAGAAAAAGAAGCGACGUAGGAUCAAAGUACAGGACUCCUCCUCCAGCAAUGAGAAGAGCGGAGAGGAAGGCGAUGACGACCAAGAUGGAGAGGGGCGCAAGGGCCGAAAAAAGAUCCGCAAAAUCCUCAAAGACGACAAGCUGCGGACGGAGACGAGAGACGCUCUGAAAGAGGAGGAGGAGAGGAGGAAGCGCAUAGCUGAGAGAGAGGCGCUCAGGGAGAAACUUCGCGAGGUGAAAGUGAUCGUGGUGGAGGAGUCUUCUGCGGUUGCCUGUCCCAUCACCACUAAACUGGUGCUGGAUGAGGACGAAGAGACCAAGGAGCCGCUGGUGCAGGUGCACAGGAACCUGGUCACAAAGCUGAAGCCUCACCAGGUUGAUGGGGUGCAGUUUAUGUGGGACUGCUGCUGUGAGUCUAUGAAAAAGAUUGAGAAGUCUUCAGGCUCUGGUUGCAUCCUUGCCCACUGUAUGGGCCUGGGAAAAACUCUGCAGGUGGUGGCAUUCCUUCACACGUUGCUUCUCUGUGACAAGCUCGACUUUGCUACAGCUCUGGUGGUUUGUCCCCUGAACACUGUCCUGAACUGGCUCAACGAGUUUGAGAAGUGGCAAGAAGGAAUGAAGGAUGACGAGAGUUUAGAGGUGACCGAGCUUGCCACAGUGAAGAGGCCACAGGAGCGGGCGUAUGUCCUGCAGCGAUGGCAGGAGUCGGGUGGUGUUAUGAUUAUUGGCUACGAGAUGUACCGAAAUCUGACACAGGGGAGGAACAUUAAGAGCAAGAAGCUUAAGGAGACCUUCCAGAAGACACUGGUUGAUCCAGGUCCAGACUUGGUGAUCUGCGAUGAAGGUCAUAUCCUGAAGAAUGAGGCGUCCGCGGUGUCCAAAGCGAUGAAUUCUAUCAGGACGAGGAGGAGGAUCGUGUUGACUGGAACGCCUCUGCAGAACAACCUCAUCGAAUACCACUGCAUGGUAAACUUCAUUAAGGAAAACCUGCUGGGUUCCGUGAAGGAGUUUAGGAACCGUUUCAUUAACCCCAUCCAGAACGGUCAGUGCGCCGACUCCACGCUUCACGACGUCAGGAUCAUGAAGAAGAGGGCUCACAUUCUCUAUGAGAUGCUGGCUGGUUGUGUUCAGAGAAAAGAUUACACAGCGCUCACCAAGUUCCUGCCUCCCAAACACGAGUAUGUGCUGUCGAUCAGAAUCACUCCUCUGCAGUGUAAACUUUACAGAUACUACCUGGAGCACUUCACAGGUGUGGGGAAUGCUACGGAGGGGGGCCGCGGCCGCUCGGGGACCAAACUCUUCCAGGAUUUCCAGAUGCUCAGCAGAAUCUGGACCCAUCCCUGGUGCCUUCAGCUGGACUACAUCAGUAAAGAAAACAGGGGUUUCUUCGACGAGGACAGUAUGGACGAAUUCAUCGCUUCAGAAACCGAAGAAUCCUCAAUGAGCCUGUCCUCUGAGGAUGAGAAAGCUAAAAAGAAAAAGAAGCAAGGAAAAGGAAAAAAGAAGAGAUCUGAUGACUCGGACAGCGAUGAUGUGGAGGUCAUCAAGGAGUGGAACACCAGCUCCCGUGGCAAGAACGGAGAGGGUCGACCCAGACCAGAGCCUGUAGAGGAGCCUCGGCCCUCUGGCUCGUCACCAGGAAGUCCCAGCGCCGACUGGCACAAGGAGUUUGUCACGGAGGCCGACGCUGAGAUCCUGGAGCAUUCGGGGAAGAUGGUUCUUCUCUUUGAGAUCCUGCGCAUGGCCGAGGAAGUGGAAGAGAAAGUGUUGGUGUUCAGUCAGUCUCUCAUCUCUCUGGACCUGAUUGAGGAUUUCCUAGAGUUGGCUUGCAGAGCUAAAGAUGACGAGAAAAUCUCUCCAUAUAAAGGUGAAGGCAAGUGGUUCAGGAACAUUGACUACUAUCGUCUGGACGGCUCCACCAACGCCACCACCAGGAAGAAGUGGGCCGAGGAGUUCAAUGACACUAGUAACACAAGAGGUCGUCUGUUUCUCAUUUCAACACGCGCCGGGUCACUUGGUAUCAACCUGGUGGCAGCCAACAGGGUGAUCAUCUUUGACGCCUCCUGGAACCCCUCCUACGACGUGCAGAGUAUCUUCAGGGUUUACCGCUUCGGCCAAAUCAGGACCGUCUACGUCUACAGGUUCCUUGCACAGGGUACAAUGGAGGAGAAGAUUUAUGAGCGACAGGUGACCAAGCAGUCUCUGUCAUUCCGCGUUGUGGACCAGCAGCAGAUCGAGAGGCACUUUACUAUGAAUGAGCUGGCCGAGCUCUACACCUUUGAGCCGGACAUGCUGGAUGAUCCCUCGGAGAAGAAAAGCAAGAAAGCCACGCCCAUGCUUCCUAAGGAUCCCGUCCUGGCUGAGAUGCUACAGAACAACAAGGACCAGAUCGUGUGCUACCACGAGCACGACUCUCUGCUGGACCACAAGGAGGAGGAGGCCUUGAGCGAAGAGGAUCGAAAGGCGGCUUGGGCCGAGUAUGAAGCGGAGAAGAAGGGUCUGUCCAUGAGGAACAACUACGGUCAGCCGUACGGUCAGGCGGACAUGGGCUCCUCCAGCUACUUCUCGUACAACGUGUCGGCUUUGGCCUCCAUGACCAACCAGCAGCUGGAGGAUCUCAUUAACCAGGGACGACAGAAAGUCAUCGAAGCAACAAAUGCUCUCAAAGCUAUACCGCGGGAGUCACUGGAAGAUGCCAUCGCCACAGUGUGGAAGGAGAACCCGGCGCUCACAGAGACUCAGGUCCAGUCUCUAGCUCUGCAGAGACAGGCCACCGUGGAGCUGGAGCUCAAACGCAGGGAGGCCAUCUACAGGGACGUCCUGACCAGGCAGCAGACGCUCAUGAUGUUCGUGCAGAAGCUGAUCACCAACAGGAAGGUGCAGGAGCAGCAGCUGGCCAUGGCCAACCAGGCCAGCUACCUGAACCAGCUGGCCAUGCAGAACGGCAUGAUGGGAGGAACUGGGCUCAGCCAGAUGGACCUGCUCGGGCUCUACCAGCAGCUCCACGGCCUCCAAGGCCUGAGCAAGAACCCCGGACCCUCCAAGGGCCUGUAGGUCCGGGAGGGCGGCUCUUUUCUCUCACACACUCCCCACUCGGCUCGCCAGCUCUUCCUAGCGGCCCGGUCCAAGCGAGGCCCAGUUCCCUGUAAUAACCGCCGUGAGACCCCUCAGAGCUAGAAACAAAACCACCAAGCAGAGGGUGGAGUAGUUUUGAGACUAGCCUGCUGUCCACUGGGGCCUCAAGUGGUCACGUGGGAUGGACUCUCAGUCCUUUAUUCUGUAAUUCACGGAGAAACGGUGGAACAUAAUGUAUAAAUGACCACGGAAAGGUGGAGUUUCAACAGAAAAAAAAAACAAAAUGUAUAUACAGCCUUAAUGUUAUUCAUGUUCUAUAUCUUCAUUUUUCAUGUAUUUAAAGAAACACGUUUUUUCCCCCAAUGCUCAGAAGCGUUGUAUUGUUCUCCCCUUAAAAAAAGGGUUUCCAUAUUAUUUAAACUCAGUUUUUUAUACUGUUUUAAAUACCUAACUAUAACCGAAUGGGACCAGUAUCCUUUCUGACAGACUUUACACUAAGAUGUAGAGCUCUGUGUGAUUAUUACACCCCAGUAGUUUCCUCCACCGCUAUAUAGCAAACCAGACAGUCCUGCUCUUUUCUUCUUCUUUUUUUUUUUUUUGGGAAGAUAAAAGAAACUAAUAAUUCAACGAAAAUUAAAAAAAAAAAAAAAAAAAAAAUGGCCUUAUUUUAAUUUCCUAAAAAAAUGAAACGUAAAAAGAUCUCUGUAAAGAUUUGAGAUUUGUCGAGAAUCUUUUCUAUUAUGCUUUUAAGUGUUUACAUUAGUUGUCGCUGAACAUGGUAAUGGAAUGCUUGUGUUGUUCAAACUGCCUGCCAGUUCAUUUGACCGUUUUGUAACAUCAUCCUCAUCGUCACGUGUUGUCUAGCAUAGCACCGUGCGUCCUGUUCACUGUUUAUGUUCAUCUUGUGUUCGAAACCCCCCCCCCCCCCGAGCCCCCGAGCCUGGGCGAGUGACUGGGUCUCACAAAGCACAGCCGCUUCAGCCAGGUGUCGCAGGGCCCAGAACUUUUACGCUUCACCUGCUUUUCAAAUUUAGAAACGUUUGUUUGGAGACGAGAGCGGGCGGACGGAGGGGAGAGAGCGGAGAGCGCGUUAUAUCCGGCUGACUUGUGUCCUCUGCUUUGUGAGAGGUGCUCCUGGACACUGUAGUCUCACCAGGCAGGCCCCCCCCCCCCAGACUACUUGUAUUCUACUUUGGCACAUUCUCGCUUCUAAACGCUUAACCUGGUGUAGCUGUUAAACAUGAGGAUUAUGAACAUUUCUUAUAAAGAGGCGCCUGUCGUCUCUGGUUGACUCCUGUGUUUGCACAAGGUGUGUUUCAUAAAUGUAGAGAGAAGGUUUUUUUUUUGUUUUUUUUUAUGUUUUUUUUUUUUUUUUUCUUUGCCCUCCUCUAAGAAUGUUCUCAUGUUAGCAAAUACACCAACAUGUUCUGCCAGGAAUUUGAUCUGCUAUUACCUUGGUAUGUAUUUAAUAUAACAUUUAAUAAAGUGACCAAAAGGAUGAGUAA